GUGCCGGCGACCACCACGCCGUCAAUUGGCGCCUUCCUUCUCCUUCUUGCUGGUUCUCCUUUUCCCAACGGUUUCGUCGGUUACGUCGUGUUCUCUCGUGGAGAAUGUAGGGGAAAGGAAUGUGAGUGCAAAGCUACCUGUUGCACUGGAACCGCUCCAACUGCACAGAUUUGUCCAUUAUUUCCCAUUCCAACUCAGUUGCUACGCUCUUCGGUUGGGAAAUGGAAAAUUGUCCACUAUAUAUCCAUGUACAUAUGUAUGUUGCACAUAGAUCCCGAUCCUGCUCUGGCCGACGCACCGAUAUACUCCACACCGCUUACACUCUCUCUCUGUGAGGGCUGGGCGAGAAGAGGCAAGAGUGUACUCCGUCUCCUUCGCCGACACCGUUUCUAAGGAGGCAAACGACUCAAAAAUUCUGCUGCAACAACAAAAUACUAACUAAAUUAGUUGGCUAGUUCUCUCUCACGCACACGCACACACACACACACUCAAACCAACUCGCCGCUCAGCUGUGCAUUCUCGUUCUCUCAUUCUACCCUGUUUGCCCCGAUCGAGAGCGGGGGUUGGUUGCACCGGUCUUUAUAAAAACCAGCUGCGCCGAAAGAAUCCAUACAUUUUUCUCUCAACCGCCGUCGUGACCACAUCUGCUCUCGAGCUCCUCUCCGUGCGGUAGUGUCGCCUGUGUGGAGAAACUAUUGGAUAAACAUUAACACACACACAACAAAAACAACAACAACAAAUGAAAAACAGUUAAACAUGCUGAAACGGACACAUUAAACAAUCCAAAAAAAAAGUAUCAACAAAAUGCAAUAUUAGUUAUAACUUACAACCACUAAAGGACUACAAAGUGCAAAAGCCGAAAAAAAAACGUAGAACUAACUGUAAAUGAAGAGUGAAAAGUGACCCAAUCGAAAGAAAAUUGUGUUUUAGCAAUUUUUUGGAAGAGAACGACCCGCUUAAAGGGAAUUAAAAAUAAAAUUUGGAUAUACAACAAAAUACAGCAACAAAAUGCUCUGGGAAACGAUUGUGGAAGAAAGCAGCAGCAACAACUGCAGCCUCAACAACAUGGAUUGCAAUAUCAGCAAUUCGAGCAACAAAAACAACAGCCGUCGCGCCCGCCGCUCGUUGGCCUGCAGCGAAAUGAUGGCCAUGGACGCGGAGGAGCUGUCCUUCUACGACGAUGAUGUCCUGCCCCAGCAGCGCGUGGCAAGUCCCGAGCUGAUGGGCCUGCUCUCGCCGGAGGGAUCGCCCCAGCACUUCCAGAUUGUGCGCCAGCAGAAAGCGCUGCCGGCGACAGCGGAAGAGGACAGCACAGCGGCGACGCCAGCACGCAGCUUCCGCGUCUUCAACAGCCUGUCGUCCACCUGCUCGAUGGAGUCCAAUAUGGAUGAUGAGUACAUGGAGCUGUUCGAGAUGGAGUCGCUGGCGGGACAGCAGCCCAGCUCCCUGGGCUUCCCCAGUGGCCUCAAUUCGCUGAUCAGCGGCCAGAUCAAGGUGGCCUCCCCGGCCCGUCCCAUCAGAUCGCCCGCCCUGACCAUGCGCCGUCCCUCGGUCCGACGCUGCCUCAGCAUGACGGAGACGAAUUGCAAUCAGCUGCAGCAGCUCCAACAACAACCAAAGACGCCCGAAAUUCUGAAAGAGACUGCCCGGGACUGCUUCAAGCGUCCCGAACCACCCGCAUCGGCCAGCUGCUCGCCCAUCCAGAGCAAGCGCCACCGUUGCGUCGAGAAGGAGAACUGCCCCACACCCACCGCCACCGCACCACACAGCCACAGUAGCAGCGCCGCGACAUCGACCUCCCAUCCCCCACCGUUGCGCAAGUGCAUGUCGCUGAAUGACGCCGAGAUCAUGUCCGCGAUGGCCCGUUCCGAGAACCGCAACGAGCCGGAGCUGAUCGGUGACUUCAGCAAGUCGUACGCCCUGCCACUGAUGGAGGGACGCCACCGCGAUCUCAAGUCCAUCUCCAGCAACACAGUGGCCCGCCUGCUGCGCGGUGAGUUCGUUGGGGAGGUGGCCAGCUAUCGCAUCAUCGACUGCCGCUACCCGUACGAGUUUGAGGGUGGCCACAUCGAGGGGGCCAAGAACCUGUACACCACCGAACAGAUUCUCGAGGAGUUCCUCUCCGUCGCACAGACUGAGCUGCAGCAGCAGCAGGCGGCCGAGUCUGGCCCCAAGCGCCACAUCAUCAUCUUCCACUGCGAGUUCUCCUCGGAGCGGGGCCCCAAGAUGUCGCGCUUCCUACGCAAUCUCGAUCGGGAACGCAACACCAACGCCUACCCGGCGCUCCACUAUCCCGAGAUCUACCUGCUGCACAACGGCUACAAGGAGUUCUUCGAGACGCACAUUGAGCACUGCGAGCCGCACACCUACCGCCCCAUGCUGGACCCCGCCUACAACGAGGCCUACCGCCACUUCAGGGCCAAGUCAAAGUCCUGGAACGGCGAUGGCCUUGGCGGUGCCACUGGGCGUCUCAAGAAGUCCCGCUCCCGUCUCAUGCUGUAAUGAGGGGCAGUACGGCAGCAUGGGCUUUGAGUCGUUAUCAAUUGGGUGUUAUCUGGGUAUUGUAUAUAAUUAAUAGAGAUGGUCGUUCAUCCUGGGGGUAUUUAUUUCACACGCAGCAUUUUAAGUUGAUUUUUGUUGAUUUUCAUUUGUUAAUCUAUGGCUUAAGUUUAACCAGAACUCCCCCCGCCCCCUCUGUCACACACACACU